AGCAUCUGCGUCAGGAUGACUCUGUGGUGCGUCUCGUGCAGAAGUCAGGUCAGCUCCCCGUGCACGUCCCAGCACCGGACCCGGGACGACCGGCGCGCGCUCUGCAGGAGGUUCAGAUCCACGAAAGGAGCCUCCAAAGCCCGACGGGACCACAUCAACCACGAGAUCAGGAACAUGCGCGCCCUGCUGCCCAUCUCGCAGGAGGACCAGGAGCGGCUCUCCUACCUUCACUCCAUGGCCGCCAUAUGCACCUACAUCAGGAAGUCUGUUCUCUUCCAGGGGCUCCCGGAUGAGGGGAGAUCACACUGUUCUCUGCCGUACGAGGCCUUUCUUCAAGCCCUGCACGGCUUCAUCCUGGUCUGCACCGCACAGGGCCGGCUGGUCUACGUGUCUGAGAAUAUAGCUGACUAUCUCGGAUUUUCCAUGGUAGAUGUGCUUCAGGGGGACUCCUUCUAUGACAUGGUGGAGCGCCCUGAUGUGGACGUAGUCAAAUCGAACCUGGACAUGGACCACAGCUCUUCAUCGGAGCGGAGCUUCAUCUGCUGUCUGCAAACCUCCAAGGCCUUCAAGUCGCAGCACGGCGGCUGCUGCUCCAUGCUGGUCAGAGGGAGUUUCCGGUGCUUUCCCCGGCCCCAGCAGUCCGCUGUCAGAGCCUCAGCCACCACCGAGCCUCUGUUCGUGGCCCUCUGCACCCCGACGGCAAACCGCCUUCCUCACAGCGGCCCCCUCGACUCUCACAGCUUCAGCAGCAGCCACAGGCUGGACAUGAGUUUCACUCGGCUGUCGGACAGCGUUUUAUAUCUUUUGGGGUAUCCGGCUGAGGAAAUGACCGGUCAGUCUUGGUACGGUCUGGUGCACCCCGAGGAUCUGUCAUCAAGCGCAGAUUCUCAUCGGAGUUUAAUGCAGGCAGACGACGGCUCCCAGGUAGAGAUGGUGCUGAGACUCCAGCGCAGGGAUCUGUCAUGGACCUGGAUGUAUAUUCGAGCUAACAAGGACUCCGGGUGCCAGGGUAUCAGCUGCACCAACUUCAUCAUCAGCGAAACCGAAGCCAAAUUUCUCGAGAAGAAAAUCAGCAGCGAUGCCUUCAGGCCGUCAUCUGCGGCAAAUUCCUGCCAAUUUGCUCAACAGGCGAGCCACACUCUGAGCCACAACGCUAAAUGUUUUAAAAGGCAGCGGACGUGUAGCAGCCAGGGAGAGGAGCGGCGCGUCAGAGCUCGCAGGGAGUCGGAGCAAGACGUGCACUAUGUGGCGUGUUCCUCCUCCCGGAGCGACGGCUCACCUGUUCCCUUGGGUGACAGCAGCACUCUCAUCUCCUCUCCCUACAGCCCGGCCUCCUCCUGCUCGCCGGUGCAGCAGGAGGAGCCGGGCUGCGACCUGCUGACGGAUGUGCAUGAAGGCGCCGAUCAGCCGCUGUCGUCCCCAGAGAGCACUCUGUCCUAUUACUCCUACCCGGAGGCAGGGUUCGCCUGUCACCAAUCCCCCUCCGACUCCCUUCCCGUGGCCGCCGAGCAACCCUUUGACUUCGGCUCGCUGGGCGCCCGCUCUCCGCCCUCCUCCUCAUCUCCCACCUAUGAGUUUGGAGCUUGUACAUCUGACGCUCGAUUAGUUCCGGACUGCCUGUCCGUGUCGGACAUGUGCGAGAGCCCGGUGGAAUGCGCUCUGCAUCCAGAUGAUCUGGGCCUUCUCGAGCAGCCGUACGGGGGCGGUCUCGUCCAGCUGCACCACGUCCCCCAACGCCAGUUGCCCGUCCACGCCCGCCCUCUGGCGCACGGCCAACCCGCCACCCCCGCAGAGCCCAACCAGUACAGUGAGAGGGAGCAGGCGGAGAUCAGCAUUCUGGCCCAGCAGAUCUCUUCCCUGGCCAGCAGCUUCGACAUGCACUACAGCCUCAAUCCCCUUCAACAUGUGGACCAACCUGCGGCCGCCGACACCCCCGCCUCGGCCUGCGACUGGCCCCGAGCCCCCUCGCUCUCCUCGGCCCCCGCGCCAAAGCACGAACUGCUCAUCGAUGGUGUGUUUGACAGCAUCCUGAAAGACCUGGAUCUGGACACACGGAAAAGCAACACGUCCGUCAGUGCUGCCGGUGUUUCCUACGGCCACCAGCAGGGGUUUGCGUGCAGCGGGUUCGAUUCCCUGGACCUGGAGCAGGGGCCCCCUGCUGGGCUCCCCACAGAGGAGCUCGUGGUUGCAGAGCAGUUGACUGCAGGCAGUAUCUCCAUAUAUCCCCUCAGUAUGCAGUUGGGACAUCACGCCCAAAACACUGGGUUGCAUCAACUCAACCACCACAUGCAGAGCAGCCUUCUGCAAGAUGGACUUGCUGAAGAAAACCUGUAUUGAAAUAAGUCUGUGACUUACUGUACGACCACGUGUAUGGCAUAUUGUCAGGGCAGUCUUCUUCUGCUGGAUAUUAGAGAAUGAUUGUGAGCAAAGGCGUUUAAAGGACAUCUUUGCUGAAUGUUGAAGCCCAGUAAUGCAGAUUCUGUCCCGUCGCAGUGAGACAGCUCAGCUUUGUUGCCAUUCCUCAGAUCUGCUGCCAGCCUUGUUUUCUCUUCUGCCGCCGUCCUUAUACUUUGUGAAAAUGGUACCUUAGAAAUAUGCCUGCCAACUCCUACAUGCUGAAACUAAAGUGUAUUUUUCUUCAUUCUGAGUGACCACAGUUUACAAUUGAGCACUUUAUCGAUGUAAUGCCACAAUAAUGCCAUCUUUUAAAAAUAUG